GUCAACCGAGUGUUUGCGCCUGCGCAUUCAGCGGCGGAGAGGUCCUCUACUGUGGUGACUGGAAAUAUUUUCAUACACCAUGGAGACUUUAUACAGUAUACCUUUUGCUGUGCUUGAAUGUCCAAACAUAAAACUGAAGAAACCGUCAUGGCUGCACAUGCCGUCGGCCAUGACUGUCUAUGCGAUCGUUAUCGUGUCCUACUUUCUCAUCACUGGAGGUAUCAUCUACGACGUCAUUGUAGAGCCACCGAGUGUGGGUUCAAUGACUGAUGAGCAUGGACACCAGAGACCGGUUGCCUUCUUGGCAUACAGAGUAAACGGGCAGUACAUUAUGGAAGGACUAGCAUCCAGCUUCCUGUUCACAAUGGGAGGCCUGGGCUUUAUAAUCCUGGACCGCUCCAAUGCACCCAACAUUCCCAAACUCAACCGCUUCCUGCUGCUUUUCAUUGGAUUUGUCAGCGUGCUCCUCAGCUUCUUCAUGGCCCGAGUGUUCAUGCGCAUGAAGCUGCCGGGAUAUCUCAUGGGCUAAACUCGCAAUAAGCCAAUUCAAAUGAAGAGGAUAUUAAAUAUGUGGAAAACUUACAUGCAGUUCUGUUAAAUUAUGGAUACAGCCAACCCUUCAUCGACAACCAUUAAGGACUGAAAGCACUGACCUUGCUCAAGAAAUUAGACCAAACUACACUGACACACUGGUUUUGUAGCUUCCUUUCCCACUUUCUCUUAACCUCCUAUGAAGCUGGUGGAGCAGAAGGUCUUUAGCAGCUUAAAUUCAGCACUCUGCCACCUGAACUUGUCGUGCAGGCACAGCAUCAUUAAUGAUUUUGCCAUGUUGAUAAAGCCAACAUGUUCUGUGGAGUAGGAGAAAUGAAUCUGGAGUAGGAAAAAGGGAGAGGAA